AUGUUAAAUUCAAGAAGAUCAAGAAGAGUUGAUAGUCUUGGUAAAUCAUCAACACCUCCAGUUCUAUCUCUUAAUCAACAACAACAACAACAGAAUAAUAAUAAUAUAUUGCAAGAGCAACAACAUGUAACUUUUGAUACAAGUUAUAUUGAUAAUAAUGUAAAUAGAUCAACAAUAAAUAAUAAUAAUAAUAACAAUAGUAGUAGUAGUAAAACACCAUCACCAACCUUUUCACCUUCUUCAUCAUCAUCUUCCUCAAAUUCUAUAUUAUCUGAUCAAAUAUUAAUGGGAUCACCACCAAACUUUGAUAACAUUAAUAAUAAUAAUAAUAAUAACUCUUCUAGAUCAACAUUAAAUUCAUCAAACGAUAACAACUUAUUUAUUCAACAACAACAACAACAACAACAACUAUCACCAAUAGUAUCAAGUCCAAACAAAUUAUUAUCACCAAGAAAUAAUAAUAAUAAUCAAAAUAAUAAUAAUAAUAAUAAUGUACCAAUUAAUCCAAUGAAUCCAAAUACAGUAUCACCAAGAUCAAUGAGUACACCAAAUAUUCAUUCCAUCCCGUUACAUUCAUCACCAAGUUUAUUUGCUACACCAAGGCAUAAUCAAAGAGAAAUAUCUCUAUCUCCUUCUCAUAAACUUUGGACACCUUCAAAACAAUAUUUUAAUCGUAAUCCCAAUACUACUACUUUUAGUGGAUUACCACCAUCUUUGGAGAAUACUUCGACUACUUCGAAUACUGGUAACAGUAUUCAUACAUCACCAAAUAUUAUAAAGAAACAACAACAACAAACAACUAGAAAAGGAUCAUUGGGAAAUAUUUCUUUUACAAGUUUUAAAAUAUCAUUAAAAGAUCAACAACAACAAAAAGAUGAAGAAACAACAAUAACUGAAAGUGAAGAUGAUAUUGAAAUUGAAGAUAUUGAAGAGGAUAUUGAAUUUGAGGAAGAAGAAGAAUAUAGUGAUGAUUCAGACAAGGAAAUAUCAUCAAAAACCAAACCACCAUUAAAUAUACAAUUGGAUGUUGUUCAACAAACAACAAAUUUGUCAUCACGAUCUUCAUCACCCAAUUCAAUAUCACCAAAAGCAAUGAUUGGUCAACAACAACAACAAUUAAAUAUUUCACCACUUUUGGAAUCUGUACAAACAACAACAACUUUACCUUCCUCUUAUAAUACUCAUGCACCUCAAAUACAACAUCAACAUCGAACCAAAUCACAUUCAACUUUGGGUAUUGUAACUGGACCUCAAUCAAGUAGUAGUAGUACAACAUCAACCACCUCUGGUUUUAUUUCUCCAAGACGAUCAUCUUCUCAACAACCACCAUGGUCAAAAAAUGAAUCAUCUACCAAUAUAUUGGAUAUGAAAAAGAAAGGAGGAUCCUCCUCCUCCUCACAGUUGUUGGAAGACAAUGAGGAUAGUGUUCAACUUGGAAGUAGUGGUGAAUUUGAUGAAAAGACUAAAAAUCUAAAGGAUACUAGUACUAGUACUACUAAUAGACCACUUGUAGUACAUCCAAUACACCCAAGUUCAAGAAAUAGUGAUGGUUCAUAUAAAUCACAUAAACAUCCUUUAUCUCGUGUGAGUUCAGCUCCUGUCAUUCAAGGUCCCAUAUUCCAUACUCCACAAACUUCUUCACCAAUCAAUACAUCUCCCCAUACUUUAAAAAGAGGUGAUGUUGAACCUGUUGUACAAGUAGAAUCUGAAGAAACAAAGGAUCAAUAUUAUUUGAUUCCAAAGGAAAGAUAUAAUGAAUUUAUGGAAAUUAUGAAUUUACCUGAUAUUCAAUUGGCUUUAAAACAAAGACAAAUGAACUCUCAACCAAAUCCUGUAUCCCAACAAAACCCCGUACCCCAACAACCUCUGGUUUCUCAACUUCCUCCAACUCUACCAGUUGGUACUAAACCAAAAAUAUCAAAAUCAUCAAAUGUUAAUUUUGGAUCAUUAGAUUUGGAAUUUCAUUCACAUCGUAAAAAACCUUCUCAAGACAAUUUGCCUACUACAACACAACAACAACAAUCAACAGUUGAAAAUCCAAUACCAACAACACAAUUUAAAUCACAAGCACACCCACUUAUAUCUAGAAAAUCAACAUCUUAUCUAUUUGAAAAAACAAAACCAUUACAACAUUUACAUGACCGAUCGAAUCUACAUCUUGACCUUGGUUUAAAAUCACCUCUAUCAUCUCCAUCACCUUCGCCAAGAGAAAAAUUGGCAGAAAAGGAAUUGGAAAGUAUCAAUGAACGAAAAAAGGAAAGACCAUCGAGUAUUAGAAAGAGACAAGAUCCUAUGCUUUCUCCUGGAAGUAUAAUAUCUCCAUCGGUCACUCCUCGAUUAGGAAAGAAUAAUACCCGACUAGAAAAUCCAGCUUCACCAUCAUCAUUAUCACCAGAACAAAGAUUUCAUCAACAAUCACCAUCACCUCCUGCUGCUGCUACCACUCAAACCGCAACCUCUCCAAGAGGUACAAAAAAUUUCAUUGAUCAUUUGGAACAACCACCAACCCCACAACAAGCUCCACCAUACCCAAGAGGUAUAGUUAGAAAAUUAUCAACUACUGCUAUUCAUAAAUUAGUUAAUCUACCAAUAUCAUCAAAUACAACAUCAACUACAACAUCACAAUCAAUUUUAUUAUCACCAAGAAAAAUUCAAAUUCAAAAUAUUUUAGAUGACAAUCAAAAUAAUAUAGCAAUUCAUGAUAUAAUUGAACCAUCACAUGCAAAUUCUUUAAAUAUUUUGGCAGCAACAAAACAACAACAACAACAACAGAAAAAUGAUCAUUUUAUGAUAUCAAAUUUACCAUUUGAUAAUCAUUUUGUUGGACUUUCUGGUAUCGAUAUAUUUGAUGGUUCUGGUUCCUUUAUUAAAUUAAAUGAAUUGAAAACUAAAAUCAAAACAAAUGUUCAAAAUGAUGACCUCGGAGGAGGUGAAUCCCCCUCACUUUAUGGAUAUGAUCCAAAAACAAUUGAACGUACAAUUGAUCAAGUACCAAGAACUUGUGAUGAUAUGCAUCAAUGGUUGGCUCCAUUUUCAAAAGAUCAACCAAUUACAAUUACAAUUCUUUUUGAUCAUCCUUUAAUUAUUUCUUUAAUUAGAAUUUGGAAUUAUAAUAAAUCAAGAAUUUAUACAUAUAGAGGAAUUAAAAAUAUAGAAAUUAAAUUGGAUAAUAUAAUAAUAUUUAAAGGAUCAAUUAGAAAAGCACAAGGAACACUUCAUUCAUGUGAUGAAUGUGCAGAAUAUUUAGUAUUUACAAAUGAUGAAACAACACUACAAUCAAUUGAACAAAAUGAUCCCUAUUCACCAUCAAUUUAUCAACAACAAUUACAACAAGCAGAACUUUUAGAAGCAUUUAAUAAUAAUAACAAAUCUGAUAAUAAUAAUAAUAAUAAUAAUUCUACAACAUUUGAAUUGGAAGAAAAACAAAGUUGGACAGAAUUACAAGAACAUUAUAGUAAAGUACAACUUGAUAAAGAUGGUAGACCAAUGACAUCGGCUCUAAGUUUUAAUCCACUGAUGAUGAAACAAAUUUUACAUACUCCUUUGAUCAUUUCAACAACCAAUCAAAUUAAUAAUAAUAGCAAAUCUCAAAAUAUUCAAAAUUUAAUCUAUCCAAAAGGAAAAACUUUAAAGUUUAGAUUUCAAUCAACUUGGGGUGAUAGAUUUUAUCUUGGAUUGACAGGUAUUGAAAUAUUCGAUCAUAAUUAUCAAUUGAUCAGAGUUGGUAUUAAAAAUAUCAAUGCCUCUCCAAGAGAUAUUAAUCAAGCUGGUCAUACUGGAGAUUAUCGUACAUUGGACAAAUUGGUGGAUGGUGAAAACAUUACCAUCAAUGAUCAACACAUGUGGCUCAUUCCAUUUUCCUCACAACCAGAAGAUCCUACACUCACCAUUGACUUGGGUCAAAUUCAUAGUAUUAGUUGUAUCAGAGUUUAUAAUUACAACAAGAGUCACGAUGAUUCUUCUAGAGGUGCUAAAAAUGUAAUCAUUUCUCUUGACAAUAUUAAUCUAUCACCUGAUGGAUUUGUAUUUAGAAAAGGUCCUGGUACAAUUGAUUUUGAUUUUGGUCAAAUCAUCUCUUUUGCAAAUUUUGAUAAACAAAAAAUUAUUAUCGAUGAAAUCGAAAAUAGAAAAGAAAAUGAAAUUUUAAUUCCUCAAGAUUAUAAAUCUCCUUUUUUACCUUCUGGUUUUAUAUUUAAAAUGGUAAUAUUAUCAACACAUGGAGAUAAAACAAAAGUUGGAUUAAAUGGUAUUGAACUUUAUGAUUAUGAAGGAAAUUUAAUCAAAACGAAUAAUAAUAUUGUAGAUUUGAAUGAUCAAUAUAAUCCUACGAUUUAUCGAUUGUUGGAUGGAGUGAAUAAUAGUUUUGAUGAAAAUCACAUGUGGAUUACCAAUUUUAAUCAUCCAAUCUAUAAUAGUCUCAAUCCAAACAACAAUAAUGGUCGUAGUAAAAGUAAUCCUUUAAAUAGUAUUUGUAUAUAUUUUGAUCAUCCAAUCUCACUUGCCAUGUUGAAAAUAUGGAAUUUUAGUAAAUCAACAUCUCGAGGUGUUGAAGAUUUUGAAUUGAAAAUUAUCAAAUAA